AAUUGUUUAAAAAACAAGUCAAAGAUGAACAAUCUCCUAAAAGAACUGGAAGCAUUAAAAAUUUCGGGUGAUUUUUCCGAGGAAGGUUUAUGGACAGCAUGCAUAGAUCUUGUUCAGAGAAGCUAUGUUCCUGAAAAAACUGUCGGUACUAGUCGUCCGUGUGACGAAAAAGACUUCAGAGAGUAUAGACAAGUUGUAGACAGAAAUUUGCGAAAUAUUAGGUCUAUGCUCCAGCAUAUCAUUCAUAGUCGCAAUGAAAGGAACAUACAGAUAGAUUUAAAUGCUUCAACAGUUAAGACUUUUACUAUAAACCUGUUGUUACUUAUUGGAGAACAACAUGAAAAGAAUGUUUGGAACACAGCAGAAUCUGUGUCUAUUUCCAAAGAAUUGGUUAAUGAAAUAUUAGAGUUAUAUAGAUGUCAAAGCAUUUCUCAGUUGUUAAUGGAACAAAAUAAUUUAACCAAUGUAUUGUUAACGCUAAGGCCUAAGUUAAUGAAAGAUACUUGGAAAAGUUAUCCAGCAGCUGUAGCAUGUUAUAAGUGGAUUUUGUACCAAACGGAGAAACCAACUUUAUAUGAUCAUAUUAGUGAUGUGCUUCCAACAGCUUUAAUAAUUAUUGAUGAUUAUGUGCCAGAAAAUAUUGUUAUAGGUCUUGAAUGUUUGUACCAAAUUAUUCAACAUUCUCAUCUGAAAAAGGGAUUAAUCGACACAGGAUAUGAUAAAGUAAUGUUUCAUACUUUAGAGCGUUUAACUCAUCAAAGAGAAGUCAAAUAUGUACUAUUGGUAUAUUCAUGCAUAACAAGUUUAUUAGCCACCAUUGAACAUUGGGAUGACACGUUAAAUGUAUUUGAAUGGACAAAGCGUGAUGAUGUUUUAAUUGUUCUAUUAGAUAAUAUGGACUUUGAGCAAAAUGUAGAAUUACGAAGUGUUUAUAUGUUAAGCUUACCUCAGCUUUUAACCAAUAUUGGCUGUGCAAAAUGGUGUGAAAAGUUAUUGAGAAUACUCUGCGAAUAUUGUGAACAUCAUACAGAUCUAAAGACAUUGAAAGCAACAUUGGAUGCUGCAAAAACCUUCCUUCUGAUGUUCCAUUUUCGUGUAGCAGCUCACUGUGUACCUCUGUAUACUGCAUUCUUGAAGCUGCAUUUUGAUUUAACAGAAACUCCAGUAUUCGACAAAGAAAUAAUGCAAAAUCUAGAAGACUGUAUUUGUUUAUUAUAUAAAUUAUCUCCAAAUGUAGGUUGUGCAGUUAUGAAUGAUGAUCGAAUGCGUUCAGUGAUUAAAAAUAGUCUGCAAGUAGUAUGCUUAGGUGAUACCAAAUAUUUUCAAUGAAUGACCCCUGGAAGCCUGUGUUAGAAUCUAGUAUAAAAAAUGGGCUAUAUUAUUUAAGAAAGAAAACAUUAUUUUUUGUAGUUUCGUAGAAUAUACUAUGAUAAUAAAGAGUA